CGCGUUCCCACGCGAUCAUCUCUGCUCAAAAGCUUGACUGGCACCCGGCGCCUCUACAGUACAAUAUUUGCUGUUCAUCAGUCCGCGCCUGUCACGACAUCGCCUUUGCGGGAGCACAAGCUGUCUGGAAAUUGCCCAGACCACGCGCUACCUGCAGACAGCAGCCUCUACACUUCGCUGCCUCUCGUUCCGCAUUCGAAGCAUGGCCCCGCCAGCCAUUAUCGCGCCCUCGAUUUUGAGCGCAGACUUUGGCGCUCUGGGCAAGGCAUGCUCUGAUACGAUCGGCCAGGGCGCAGACUGGCUGCAUGUGGACAUCAUGGACGGGCACUUUGUGCCCAAUAUGACAUUUGGCGCGCCUGUAGUGACCAUGAUCCGAAAGCAUGUGGAUAGGCCGCAAGAGGCACUGGGCAAGGGAACAUUUGACUGCCAUAUGAUGAUCGCUGAGCCAAAGAAGUGGGUGAAGUCGUUCAAGGAUGCGGGCUGUGAUCUCUACUGCUUCCACUACGAGGCCGCCGUAUCUUCCACAGCUGCGGAGUCUCCGGAAGGGCAUAGCGACCAGAAGACGAGUCCAAAGGAGCUAAUUAGAUAUAUACAUGCCCAAGGCAUGAGGGCAGGCAUUGCCAUCAAGCCCAAAACCCCAGUAGAUGUGCUGUACGACAUCUUCGACAGCGACGUCAAAGAGGAGGUGCCUGAGAUGGCCCUCGUGAUGACAGUUGAGCCAGGCUUCGGAGGCCAAAAGUUCAUGCCAGACAUGAUGCCCAAGGUGGAAGCUCUGCGGGCACGAUAUCCAGAUCUCAACAUCGAGGUGGAUGGUGGAUUGAGCGAGAAGACGAUUGACACGGCGGCUGAUGCAGGCGCGAACGUGAUUGUGGCUGGAAGUGCAGUGUUUGGCGCUCAAGACCCAGGGCAUGUCAUCGACGCUCUCAGAGCGGCAGUGGACAAGCGCCGAUGACUACCUGCUGGGAGCAGACUGUAGUAUACGAUGCGGUAGCCUUGAUACUGUAGUUCUCCCGCAGUUCAGAGCUGUCGCGGGAGAUUAGCUGCUCGUUCACAGCUCCGAACACCUUCUAGAGUCCUGGGCGCGGCGUGGAGAAACCCUGGUCGGUGGAGCAAGUUCGGUCGAUGGACAUUGCUCAGAUAUGCCGGACUUCGGAAGCAGCACAGGUCAGACGUGGCCUGGAUGCUGUUGUCUGCUGCCGUCUUUGUUCUGCAACGUGGCAGCGGACAGGUUGCUCCCAGUGUGUUUAUUGUGCACCAUUUUCGAC